GAUCAAAGCUAGAUCAACUUACAGUCAAACGUCCGAAUGUCCGUCCGCUCCUGGGGGUUUGGUGAGGAGGGCCUACGGGAGAGAGGGAGUCGGUUAUUAUGGAGUCAGAGUGAAGGCUCACUGAGAAGGGAUGUACUUUUAUUAUUCAUACUGAUAAAAUGGUGAACGAGAAAAUACUGGCGAGUUAAACAACUACAAUUAAUGAAAGCGCUCAGAGUACAGAACUACAGUUCCCACUUCCCAGCGGUCGCUCAGUAGCGGCUAUCCGGUCGCAUGUGUCUCUAGUGUUGAUCGUUACUUUAUCAUUCAUUCAUUAAGCUUCAUUAAGGUUCAGCACGACCCACUACAGUCUCCAUGGAGGACAGGGCGGCUUUACUGAGUAUAUUUCAAGCCUCGUUUUUUGCAAUGACUCGUUUGCCUCCUCUUCACUGGGAGAGGCUUCGAGGAGAGCUAGAAAAAGACAAGUCCCCUGAACUGAUAGCAGCGAUUUUGAAAAAGACCAGUCUGAGUCCUCUGGCUCAGAAACACCCGCCGUCCGCCAAGUACCGGAGAUCUUUCCUCACGGAGCUCAUCACGAUGCUGGAACAAAUGUGUCUGGAACCGCUAGAUGAGCUGUAUGAGGGUCUGGCCGGGGUCCUCAGCGAUCAGAAGAGUGAAGACUGCUACAAGACCUACCUACUGCCUGGCGGGGGGGCGGUGACUCUGACGGAGAGCGUGGCGCUGGUCUCCCAGGGAACCACGGGCCUGGUCACCUGGGAGGCCGGGCUGCACCUGGCCGAGUGGGCCGGGGAGCACCUGGAGGCCUUCAGCGGCAGGGUGGUGCUGGAGCUGGGCUGCGGGGUGGGGCUGACGGGGCUGGUGGUGUGCCGCGGCUGCAGCCCCUCCCGCUACGUGUUCAGUGACUUCCACCCCAGCGUCCUGCGGAGACUCCGGGCCAACCUGGAGCUCAACGGCCUGGGGGAGGGGCCUGCUGGUGGCGCCGACGGUGGAGGCGUGGUCAGGGUGGAGGAGCUGGACUGGGAGUCGGUCAGCGAGGAGCGACUCCGAGAGAUCGGAGCCGACACCGUCAUCGCUUCAGACGUGGUCUACGACCCGGACCUCCUCCCCGGUCUGGUGAGGCUGCUCUCCCUGGUCCUCAGCUGUUCCUCCCCUGAAGCUCCUCAGGUCUUCAUCUGCUCACCGAUCCGAAACCCAGACACAUACAACAGCUUCAAGAGGCAGCUGGAGGCGGCGGGGGUCGGUUAUGAUGUCAUCCGUGGAGCGGGAAGGCAGGUGUUGUCCUACCACAGAGCGUCCGCCAUCGAGAUGAUGCAGCUGACGUUACACACAUAAUAAAGCUUUAUUUACUCACAA